GGACGAGGGAAGCUUCUCGCUGUCACAGGUAGGGAAAAGAGAGCGGGCUGGGCAUGGCUUUUAUUAUUACUUGGCUGGGUUACGUGACAGGAAACAAAAUGCAACGACACCUUAUUUAAUCCGUGCUCCCCCUCCCCCCCUCAGGACUUCCUCUGGCGUGACCUCAUUCGAUUACCUCGCACAGCCCAAAACAAAAAAAACCACAUAGCUUCCCCUUCCAAGCUCCAUCGCGAACCAACCCAUAGACUCCAAGUCUUACCACAAUCAAACGUCCAUCCAGCAUACACAUCACACACAAUGUCUCGAUCCAGAGCUCCCCUCGUCCUCGGUCUCACUGCCGCCGGUGGUGUCGGAUACUACCUUUACAGUGCUGGCGGUAACCCCAAGGCCGCCCAGAAGGCAGCUGAAGCCGAUGCGCACAAGGCUUCCAGCAAGAUCAGGGGCGAGCUCCCGGGUCGCGGCCAGGAAGCCCAGAAGCGAGCUGAGCAGUACGCCUCUGAGGCCGGCGCCAAGGUCGACAGUGCUGUCGCAAAGACAGAAGCCGAGUUCGCCAAGGCCAAGGCCGACGCCGAGGCAUACGCAAAGGACGUCAAGGCCAGCACACUGAAGAAGGUGGACCAGUUCGACCACAAGGUCGAGGCUGAGGCCGCCAAGGCGAAGAGCGGCAUCUCGAGCUGGUUUGGCGGCAAAUAAGGAAGAAAGGUGUCUUAUGUCAAUAUGAAAGACAACGACAUGUGUAGUACUAUGAUCACGGAAUGAUGACGAAUACGGCGUUCAUCUUGUUUAGUAAUGGGUUCAGGAAUUGUGUCUAAUAAUGACUUGGUAUCAACAACGAUCUAUAUACCCCCGCCGAGCAAAAUCUUUUGUUGUAAAUGUGAUGUGAACUCCAAAACUCCAGUUGCUCCUUU